UAUCUAUAAUUACCGCUACGUAAUUGUAACUAUACACGAAUGAAAUCUUUACCUUGGGCGGGACUACUGUCUUGCCACCACAAUGACUCUUUGACCAGCUCAGAGGUCUCUUCCGGCUGCCGUCUCUACAGAAAAGCAUUUGUCGCCCUCUGCUGGACAAGAGGAGAAGCGUUCUGCUGUUGCUGCUGUUGCUAGGCUACAGAGCAGCUACGCUCAGGAUCAAGUAGCAGUCGUACCUGUUUAAUUUGCGAAGCUUAAAAAUGAGAAUUUUCAACAACGUUUAAAAUGUGAUUAUUUGCAUGAAGAAUUGUGUGAUAAUUAAUGGGUUGGGAAGAUGACGACUUCAGCAUUUGGACAGAACAAUCCUGUUAAAUAUUUCCCAGCUGGGACAUUACAGCUUCGAAAGAAAGAAUAUGCUGGUUGUUGGCUUGUGGCACACAGAAAGGAAGCGACAGCGACUUACAGGACUGUAGAAAAAUUAAAGGAGCCAUGUAGGAAAUGUGAAAACCAGAAGGUGGAUCCUCCUGGUGGUGUCACAUUAAAUGGGCUCUUCUUGCUCCAGUUGCACUGUGUUGAUGAACCAUCUCAGCUCUGCUCUGUCUAUGUCAGUGAGCAGAAACUAAAUUCUGUGAAGCCAGAUGAUUUCAAGCUGUUUGAAAAUGUAGCUUACAUCGAUGCAUCCAUUAACUCCCUCUCUUUAGGGUGUUUCAGCUGUUUUGCAUCUCUGAGAGAACUCAAUCUGUCUUUAAAUGGAAUUUGCAACAUGAUCUUCGAUGCUGCUGAUUUCCCUGUUCUUGAGGUUUUAGAUUUGUCCUACAACAAUUUGUCAGCUGAUGCUAUCGUCUCCCUCGGCCGGCUUCUGCAUCUUAAAGUUCUUCAUCUGAGUGGAAAUCAGCUUCAUCAUCUUCCUCCUAAUCUGGGUUCUCCAAACCAUGACCCCACUCAGCUGCCAGCUGCAGAGGAAGACAAGCGAUUUGAAGCUCUUGAAAUUCUGAUGCUUGACGAUAACAAACUGUCCUCUGAAGUCUUCUACAGUCUUACAAACCUGAAGAGGCUUAAAUACCUAAACCUACAAGGGAACCAGAUUUCUAACAUACCAAACAUGGAAGUGAUGGACUGUUCAAAGUCUGAAGAGCAAGCUGAAAAGAAAGCUACUGAAUCCAAUCCUAAAAUGAAUGAACAUUUGAAGAUAAUUAAGACCUUUCACACAGACAGCUUGGAGGAGGACCGUAAAGGAUCCAAUGUGCCACUACCAGAGCUUCAGUUCCUCAGUCUAGCUAAUAACAAGAUUGCCACAGAAGAAGCUGUGAUCGCCGCCUCAUUUUUCCCAAUGCUUCAUGAAUUAGAUAUUCACUCCAAUCCCCUGACCACACAGAGGAGAGGAAACUAUCCCUUGCUGACAUUUUACCUCCAGGAGAGACUAGGAAUAAAAAUAAAGCAGAAAAAGGAGCAAGAGGGUCUGAAGCUUCCAGUGAAGGUCUUCACAGAUUCAAAAUGGAAGGUGGAAGAAACCACUCCAAAGGUGUCAAAGAGGCCAUUAUUACUAAAUGCAGCUUGUCCCACACAAACUCGGGCAGACAAAUGUGAAACAUCUGUCAAGAGAACUACAGGAUCUCAGGGCAAGAAAAGGAGCACGGUCAAGGAAAAUACAAAACACUUCUUCAUGACUCAGGCAGAAGAUGAGGAGUUAGAAUUUUGUCUUCCACCUGAAGAGAAAAAAACAUUAGGAAACAACCAAAAAACCAGAGCCAGCCCUGAACAAUACACAUACUUCGACAUGGUGAUGGAUGCCAAGGCCAAUUCUGGCAUGUUAAAACCAGUAGAAAUUCAAACAGCUGUUCGGAGGCUGGAGCACACACUGAGGAAUCUUAAUGUCUACAGAGACUCAAAACCCAAACUUGAUAGCAUCCAGACACCAUACAGAGAAAAAGAAAAAAAGAUAAAGGAAAUGCCACCUUUGAGACCCAUAAAGCAGCCAGCUGAAAGGGUUUACGAGAUGAUCAAGGGUAUCAAAGAGAGUAGAACAAUAAAAGUGGUUGCCUUAGGCAGUGCUCUACACAGCACAGGCAUUAACAAGGAGGAAUGUAAGGAAGCUCUAGCACUGCUGAGGGACAUGAAAACAAAGUACAUGAUGGUCCAUAAGAAAACCAUGGAACAAGCAGCCAGCCUCGAAUCUGGCAAAAUCGUUGCUGAACUCCCACCUGUGCAGGUGCUUUAAUUUAUGUCCAAGUGCUUAGUGGAGUUGUGAUUUAAUUUGGUUAUGAAUGACAUC